AUGAAACUGGAGAUGCCGGGGAUUGAACCCGGGCCCUCUCACAUGCGAAGCGAGCGCUCUACCACUGAGCCACAUCCCCAGGAUUAUUUAGAGAAAUACGGAUACCUAGACAGCGUGAGAGAGUACAGGGAGAUGGGUCGCCUCUCUAAGAAGGGAAUGCUGGAAGCGGUGAUGAAAUUCCAGAAGAUGGCGGGACUCAACGAGACGGGUGAGGUGGAUGAGGCUGCCGUGGAAGUCAUGCAGCAGAAGCGCUGCGGCAUGAAGGACUUCAUCAGUGAAGACGAGAAGCGACAGCAGGCGAGCUUCCGCAGCGAACUCCGCCGCCGCCGCAAGCGACAAGCACCUGAUGGCGGGCCUCUGCAACCGCUGGUGGUCUAAAUGUGAUCU